AUGAAGAACAGGAAACAAUAUAUUCAAGAUACUGAGGGUCAAAAGCAUGAAGGCAUGGAAGGUGAAGAAAAUGAAGAAAGCUGUUCCUGUUCUACGCGAUUAUAUGAUGGUGACACAUGCCCUAUCUGUCUGAACUGCCUUCUAGAACAAGAGAUUGGUUUUCCUGAGAGCUGCAGUCAUACCUUCUGCAUCACUUGUAUUCUUAAAUGGGCUGAGACGCAGGCUUCGUGUCCUAUUGAUCGCAGACCAUUUCAAGCAGUAUGCAGGCUUGAUGCAGUGGAAGAGCAGAUAAAGGUUCAGGUUAAAAAACAACUAAGGAGGAAGGAAGAAGAGGAGAACUGUGCAUGCAAUAAGGGAAAAUAUAGCCAUGUGAAGAUGAGAAGUUUUGUGAGAAGAGCUGUAUGUCCAGACAGAGGGCCGUUAACAGCAAAAUUAAGCAAAGUUUUGAAGAAAAAAUACAGUAAUAUUUUGUAUGACAAACAAAACAAGAAAGCAUUGUCUGUGAAGAUAAACAAGCCCAGAAGACAGACCUGCUGGAAUGAGUGCUUCAGAACUAAUUUCUUCAGCAUGCUUCCGGCCGGUGGUAGCAAUGAAGAAUCCUUUUUUAGUUGUAGAAAUGACUGUACAGAAUUCGCAGAAGUCAAUGCAACGGUUAGACAGAAGAGACGAGAACUAGAAUUGUCCUGUUCAUCUGUGCUUGCUCGAGUGGAGAGAAUUCCUUUACUAUCUUAUGGAGCUGAAGCUGAGACCUUUCUUCUCAUUUCUACUACAGUGGCAGGGACAAUUCUUCCAACAAAUACCAGGCCUUUGGAAAACUUUGAGUCUUUAGGCAAAGGAUACGCUGUUGCGUGCACCCAAGAAGGAGAAGAGAAAAAGCAAGCUUCUGGCUCAUCUGGCACUAGAGGAACUAGAAGGAAAUCGGUUAACGCUACUCCAAGAAGAAGGUCUGCACGAAACAGCAAAAAUGAGACUCUGGGUCAAUCUCGGAGCUCACCUCGGUCAAGCAGUUCUGCGUGCGGUGCCUCUGAUGGCAAUAACCCAUCUCUGAAUAAGUCUCCUUCGGAAUCAGAGAAGGCUCCUCCAAAACGAAAGUCUAAAAGAAUAGUUAAACAACAAACACCCGUGGUUAAAAAGAAACUGAGAAGUUCUGCACGUUCUGAAAAAACACCCAGUGAUUCUGUGGAAGAUGAUGACGUUGCUGAGUCUGAAGCAGUUCUAACGUUAGAUAAAGACCGGCAGUCAGAUAACGAAAGCAAUAGUGCAAGCCUUCCACAGAAAAAUAAUGUGGAAACAGAAUCUGUUAAUGGGUUGGAAAGGUUUAGUGAACAUGCAGAAAUUGAGGAAACUAUGGGAGAAUGUAACAAAGAUGAAGAUACCUCAGGCAACAUGGAUGUCAUUUUUUCUGUCCAAGAACCUCCAGUACUGUCUUCAGGGUGUGAAAGUCAGGAAUCUGAAGUGAAAGGUGAUACUGGAAAAAAUGUAGAUCAUAAGAAUGAGGACAUCUGUGAAAAUACUCUUGAACAAAUGGAAACAGUAGCUGGUCCCACAGUUGAAGUAUGUGACCAUGCAACUUUCGAAAAAGUGAAUCAGACAUUGUGUAGUCCUCAAAAUGAAUUAACAGAGAACAUAGAAACUUUGACAAAAAUAGAUCAACCCAUAGGUAGUCCAGAAAAUGAAUUGUUGGAAUAUCCAGAAAAUUUGGGAAAAGAUCAGCCAUUAGAGAGCCCCAGGAGCAAAUUGCCUGAGCAUCCAGAAGCCAUAGAAGUAGAUGAUUCCAAGGCUGAAGAAGAAGCAGUAGUAGACUGUGCACAUACAAAUAUUCAAAACUUAGAAACUGUUCAAGUUGAAGAACCAGAUACAUUAAUACCCAGUAUUUCUAUGAACAGUACAUCAGAACCGUCCUUAAAAGAGAACACUGUGCCAGAGAGUGAAGAGGGUAGAACUUCAGAGUCACCCCAGGUAAAUGCUGAACAUAAACAUUUUGGUGAAGAUAACAAUGAGAUGAUACCGAUGGAUUGUGACUCAUUUUGCAGUGACCAGAAUGAACCUCAGAUUGAGCAGUUACCACCAGUUGAAAGUACAGAGCAAGAAGUGAACUCCUUACAGUGUGAUGCAGGAAACUGUGCAUCAGUUUCAGGACUUUCUGAUGAAAAAGAUGAAUCUAUUCCUCAAGAAAGAGAGUGCCAAUCAGAACUCAAAAAAGAUAAAAAGACUCGAACUAGAAGAUCUAGGUUUCACUCUCCAUCAACAACUUGGUCUCCUUCUAGGAGAGAGGGCAGGACAUCUCAAUCACCAUCCCCUAAAAGGGAGAUGACCAGAGGCAGGAGCUCACGAUCACCCAAGAAGGAAACUGUGAGGGAGAUAAGGAGAUCCUUAUCUCAUUCUCCAAAGAGAGAGACACUCAAAGAUGAGAAAAAAACACCAUCUCGAUCUCCCAAAAGGGAAACUGUCACGGAAAGCAGGAGAUCAUCUUCUCGAUCAAGAACUAAGGAUUCAUCUCCGAGGCAAAAAUCUAGAUCUCGAAGCAGUGAUAGAGAUAGUCAAAGAAGAGAUCGUGACAGAGAAAGAAGAAGUAGGAGGUGGUCUAGGUCACGGUCACGAUCUAGGUCAAGAUCACGAUCUAGGACAAGAAAUAAAGGUUCUUCGUUCUCUAGAAAUGAGAGGGACAGUCAUUCACCUCGAUGGAAAGAGAGAUGGGCAAAUGACAGCUGGAGGAGUCCCAGAGGAAAUGAUCGAUAUAGAAGAAGUGAUCAAGAAAAACCAAAUGAAAGUCUUAAAAAAGAGAAGGACAAUACAGAAAAGACCAAUGAUGAUCAGUAUUCUUCAGACAAGCGGAGGAGUGAUUUUCCAGACUGGGUAAUGGAAAGGAUAAACUCUGUUCCAGAAGUCAGGAACAGAGAGAGAGAUCAACCACAUUGGGAAGACGGCAGGCAUGAUAAUUCAGGACACUCUUGGAAUAAAAACUUCGGUUCAGGUUGGAUUCCGAAUCGAGGGAGAGGUCAGCGUGGCCGAGGUGGGCGUGGAAGAGGUGGUUUCAUGUAUGGAGACCAGAGUGAAAAUCACUGGCAAAAUAGAAAACCUCUCUCAGGGAACUCAAAUUGUUCUGGGAAUGAAACUCCAAGAUUCCCAGAACAUCAGCCAUACAAGCGUAAGAAUGAACAAGAUUACUCUUUUGAUACGCCUGCUGACAGAUCUGGGUGGACGUCGGCGUCCAGCUGGGCUGUGAGAAAGACUUUACCUGCUGAUGUGCAGAAUUACUAUUCAAGAAGAGGACGCAGCUCAUCAAGCCCACAGUCUGGAUGGGGAAUGAGGCAAGAAGAGGAGACACCUGAACAAGAUCCAAACCUCAAAGACCAAGGCAACCAGCAAAGCGAUGGUUCUCAGUUACCAAUGAACAUGAUGCAGCAACAAAUGAAUGUAAUGCCACAAGUGAAUGCACAGCACCAACCUAUGAAUAUUUUUCCGUAUCCAGUGGGUGUCCAUCCUCCCAUGAUGAAUAUGCAACGAAAUCCUUUCAGCAUCCCCCCUCCAAUGCCCAUGCAUCUCCCUACCGGAGUGCCUCUCAUACAGGUAGCUGCUCCCACAAAUUUGUCUCAGGGAUUACCUCCGCCUCCACCUCCACCCCCACCAUCUCAACAAGUCAGCUACACUGCUUCACAGCAAGAUGGAAAACAAUUGCAGGGUAUUCCAAAUGCUGCUCAUGUAAGUAAUGACAUGAGUGUUCCAGCCUUGCCUGCUCCAGCAGCAGUCCUGGGAAGUGCGGGAAUAGUUCAGGGACCAAGUUCGGGUAAUGCAACGUCAUCAAGUCACAUCAAAAGCUCCAAUGCAGCUGUAAAAUUGGCAGAAAACAAAAAACUGUUAAUUCAAGAAAAAGCAGCACAAGAGGUCAAACUAGCUAUUAAACCUUUCUACCAAAAUAAAGACAUCACUAAGGAAGAAUACAAAGAAAUUGUGCGGAAAGCUGUAGAUAAGGUUUGUCAUAGCAAGAGCGGAGAAGUUAAUUCUGCAAAAGUGGCAAAUCUAGUGAAAGCGUAUGUAGACAAAUACAAACAUUCACGGAAGAAGAAUCCCGAAGAGGCAGUCUCCUGCGAAAGGAAAUAG